AUGGAUAGACUGCACCCCUCUAUGAGGAAGCGUCUGUAUAGUCUCCCUCAACACAUUGGAUCCAAAGCUUCUAUAAUGGAUGAAGAAGAAGGUGAAGAGAGGGACACCUGGAAAAGGAGUAUUAAGCUCAAACCAUUACCCUCACCUUCUGCUCUAAGGCGCCUUGACCCUCGACCUGCAUUUAAGGAUUCUCACCUAGUUAUGGAAACUGAGGUGGGAAAAGCUCAUAGAACAAGUAGCAAUGGAGACUGCAGGAGGUUUACUGGCAGUCUGUCCUCCAUUGCCAGCUGUGGCAGGCACCUUCAUGAUUCCGAUCCCAGUGAAGGAAGAAGGCUUAUAUCUGAGGGGGACAUUAGCCCCACUGAAGAGAAGUCUCCUACCUUGGAUCCAACUCCAGGUGAUCCAGGCGUAGGCCGCUCCCAAACAGCUCAGGCAGACGCCCAACCUUGGAUCAGUGACCAGCAUAGCAGUUCGGUAAAGGUGGAGGGAAGAGAGCAGACUUUGUCCGGAGGGGAUGAUGACCAGAACAGUUUUAUGCACAGACAGUUUGGGGCACUUUUGCAGCCUGGGGUGAACAAGUUCUCCUUGCGGAUGUUUGGCAGUCAGAAAGCAGUAGAAAGGGAACAGGAUCGAGUGAAGUCUGCGGGGUUUUGGAUUAUUCAUCCAUACAGUGACUUCAGGUAA